AUGGCAACCGAUCCUUAUCUCCACUUGGUGGAAAUUUUCUCGAAGUUUGACACCGCUGAUAAAUAUGAGCCAUUUCAAGUGAUCAACACGAGUUAUAAGAGCUUCAACCAGGGUCGUUCUCACAUCAAUGUAGAUAUUCUCAUCCCUCGGGCUAUACUAUCACAGCAAGAACUUUCGAAAUGUGCAGUCAUGAUACGGAUUCAUGGCGGAUUUUUGGUCACUGGUUCUAGUCGCUAUCCUGUUUGGUUCGCGAAUUGGACGUUGGACUACGCUAUAUCAACAGGGGCAAUUAUCGUGGCUCCAGACUACCGUUUGCUGCCUGAAGUAUCGGGAAAGGAUAUAUUGGAAGACAUGGACGAUUUUUGGCAUUGGAUACACAGCACAAAAUUUGCUGCAACAAUCGAAGAUGCUGGAUAUGGUCAUAUUGUCCCUGAUCUCGACAAGCUCAUCGUUGUGGGGGAAAGCGCGGGCGGCUAUCUGGCUAUUCAACUGGCACUCAGCUACCCAUCAGAAAUUCGUGCUGUCAUCGCAGCCUAUCCAGUUCUUGAUUUGAAAUCAAAGUUCUACACAGAGGCAUAUCCCAAAACUAUCCUUGGAAUUCCCAACAUGCCGAAUGAAAUUAUUGAAGAACACAUUGCAGCCAUGCGAACCGCACCCUUGCCCACUGUGGCUACUGCUGCAGAUCCCCCAGAUCGUCUAAAGCUGGCAUUCUCGAUUUUCCAAAAUGGUCGAUUGCUAGAGUUCCUCGGGUCAGAAGACUACCUCUUCCCUAUGAAGAGGGUUGAAAAUCUCGCUGCUGCCGGAGGUCUGAAACUUCCUCCAACUUUCAUUUUCCAUGGAAAGCAGGAUUCAGCUGUGCCAUUUGAGGGCUCCCAGCGAUUCUUUGAUUUAGUGCGAGAAAAAGCGCCCGAUGCAAUUGUUAAGCUUCAUGGCCUAGAUGCUGACCAUGGGUUCGACUUUGCAACAACGUUGGAAACGGAUUGGUUGAAAGACGGAUUGGAAAUUAUCACAGGCGCUUGGCUUGGCUCCACAACGGUGGACUAG